CACAUCCACCCCUGCAGCCUGUCGCAGUACUCCGUUGUCGUGCAGCUUUCGGCGGCGUCUUUUGGGCCUUCGCCGUUGUUCCGGUGGCCUAUUCUCUGGGCGACCCCGUCGACGAGCGGCUUGACUGCGCUGCGCAGAGUGCACAGCGGCGCGAGGUUCACUGUUUUCACCCACAGUGGAUGAAUGAGUCCCUGAGAAGGUCCGUCUGCGCCAGUCAGUUGACCUGUUUGCAGCGACUGGGAACGAAGGAGGAGGGGGUUUCCUAGGAGAGCCUGGCGACACCGACCGACUAAUGUUGGGCCUCCCGGCUGAUCAAUGCUGUUUUGGAAGCUCACAGCUGACAGCAGACAAUGAACAACACACUCUGCUAAUAGGCCGUGUGUGUCCUCCGCAACACCAAAGAAGAAGAGAGCUCCCACUAUAAUGGGGCGUAUUUGUCCAUGAACUGGGGUCUCAGCAGGGACACUGUGGACCCGAGGCCAGGAGUGUACAGCCUGUCAUUCAAACACCAGCUCGACUUUAACAGGCUCAAAUACUACCAAGCCCCGCCCACACCGCUCAUUGGUCCCCGCCCCCUCUCCUCGGCGUGAAAACGAUCAGAGAGGAGGCGAGUCUGACGUUUAGACUGUCGAGCCGACCCACUGCUGACAGAACACCAGCGGAACUCUCUCGAAAAGGAGUACUUUUGAAGCAAAAUGAAGCGGAGCCACAAUUACAGCUCCUCAGAAAGCGACCUGGACGACAUUGUUGAGGUGGAGAAAGAUAGUGGGGACGAAAAUGGUCUACUUGAUUCUCACGGCUCGAUGUCACCCUCCACAACCACACAAGUUCAAGCCAGAAAAAGGCGCAGAGGGAUUAUUGAGAAACGAAGACGUGACCGAAUCAAUAAUAGUCUGUCAGAGUUGAGAAGAUUGGUGCCAAGUGCUUUUGAGAAACAGGGAGCUGCUAAACUGGAAAAAGCUGAAAUUUUGCAAAUGACAGUGGACCAUUUAAAGAUGCUUCAUGCCUCUGGUGGCAAAGGUUACUUUGAGGCUCACGCUCUCGCUAAGGAUUACCGCAGCCUGGGCUUCAGGGAGUGUCUGGCCGAGACGGCCCGCUACCUGAGCAUCAUAGAGGGUCGGGAUGGCGCAGACCCCCUCCGCGUACGCCUGGUGUCCCACCUCAGCAACUACGCCUCUCAAAGGGAUGUGCAAACUGGUCUGGAGCACUUAGCCUGGGGCUCUGCCUUCGGGACCGUGCCUGCUCAUCUCCCCCACCCCCUCCUCCUGCAGCAACGCCCUACGGGCAGGACACCUGCAUCCAGGAGCAAAAGUAGCUUAUCCUCCUCUUCCCCUUCCUCUUCUACAUCUUCCUCCCCCUCCAUUGAGGCAGCGGGGACAUCCAGACUCGGCGCGAUGCCCCCCACAGAGACCCUCGGGGGGCCUCUUAACGGUUCGUUGGCCCGCGGUCUGUCUGUGCCAACAUCCAAGCUUUCCCCGCCACUCCUGUCGUCGCUCUCCUCGCUGUCGGCCUUCCCCCUCUCCUUUGGCGCUUUCCCUCUGGUGUGCCCGACGGCUCUCAGCACAGUCAGCCCCUCCUCCUCCUCCUCCUCCACCCUGUCAAAGCCUUACAGGCCGUGGGGCACGGAGAUCGGGGCCUUCUGAAGGUAACAACUGGACUGAUGGCAGCAGCUGAGCUGAGUCCAGCAGCGCAGACAAGAGAGGAAAACCAGCCUCUGUGUUUAUAGCCAUGAAAUACAGGGGAACAAAGCUAACUGAUUUGAUUUUAUAAGUAUUUAGAAUAAGAAAAAGAGGUAUUUCUCAAUAUGUCAUUACUCUAAAAGAAUUCUGAAUGAUUAAAUGUUGUCCAUUGACUAAUUUAGUGAACAUGUGCUGUCUCCAGCCUGAGGACAGAUCUGGGCCAUGAAUAGUUUUACUGUAAGCAAGUAUAGAAGCUAGAGGUCUUUUUGUAGACCACAUACUGAAAUUUCAGCAUUUGUCGGGCACGGGGGUCCGUAUUUAACGUAAUGUAGAGUUGUUAAAUCCGGUCUGCUUCUCGUAAAGUGAAAAAACAUAUUACAUUUGCCAUUGUUUUAAAAAACUAACCACUUGAAAAUAGGAAAAUUAAAUUCUUGUAUCCAUUUGUAAUAUUUUUGUACCAAUAAAUUGAAAUUUAAAAUCUAAAA